CCCGCCCGCUCGGGCUGCCGGGAGUUGUGGUCCGCGCUGCCGGCGGAGCGGGCUGGAGCCGGGGGCCGGGAGCGGCCGCGGGCGGCAGACCCUGCCUGUCUGCGCUGCGUUUGAGAACGAAUAACCUCAGAACAUUGGCAGGGAUGCCACAGCUGAUGCAUCACUAUCGAUAGCAGCACUGUAGGGCUUCCUGAUACUCUGAGGCACAGGCCUUGUCAAACAUGUAGAUGUGAACACUAACAACCUGCCACUCACUAAUGCAGUGCUUACAAGCGUCCAGGGAACAGGUACAACUAUGCUUCCCCAUGGCAAGCCCUUCCCUCCGUGCCCCUACUAACCUGCAUGGUGUGGGUGCCUUUAAGAACCGCGAGGACUGAUCACCUGGCCCUUUUAUACACCUCUAAGAACGGCUUCACAAAAAUGUCUUUGGAGUGGCUGAUGGACUGGAGCUGGUCACUGGAUGGACUCCGGGACUUUAUAGCUACAGGGAUCCAGUCCUUCCGGGACUGUGACACCACUGCACUCACUGCUGUUGCUUGCCUCUUGGUCCUGUUUGUUUGGUACUGUUACCACGUUGGCAGGGAACAGCCCCGCACAUAUGUCACUGUGAAUUCCCUCAUACAGAGCUCCGAUGCCAAUAGCUUACAGAACGGGUACGCUUACUGCCACUCUCCCGAGUGCGUGCGCUGCACACGUAACGACGGGCUUAACCAGAAACUCUAUCACAAUCUGCAGGAAUAUGCCAAGCGCUACUCCUGGUCCGGCAUGGGCAGGAUCCACAAGGGCAUCCGAGAGCAAGGGCGCUACCUAAACAGCCGACCAUCCAUCCAGAAGCCAGAAGUCUUCUUCUUACCAGACUUACCAACAAUGCCGUACUUCUCAAGGGAUGCGCAAAAACACGACGUGGAGUUACUGGAACGCAACUUCCAGACCAUCCUGUGCGAAUUUGAGACCCUCUACAAAGCUUUCUCAAACUGCAGCCUCCCGCAAGGGUGGAAAAUGAACAGCACGCCCAGCGGGGAGUGGUUCACCUUUUACCUGGUGAACCAGGGCACGUGCGUUCCCAAGAACUGCAGGAAAUGCCCACGGACGUAUCGCUUACUUGGGAGCCUCCGCACCUGCAUUGGCAACAAUGUCUUUGGGAAUGCGUGCAUCUCUGUGCUGACCCCUGGCACGGUCAUUGGGGAGCACUAUGGACCAACCAACAUCCGCAUACGAUGCCAUUUAGGUCUGAAGACUCCCAGCAACUGCGAGCUGGUGGUGGGCGGCGAGCCCCAGUGCUGGGCUGAAGGCCGAUGCCUCCUGUUUGACGAUUCCUUUCUGCACACUGCAUUUCACGAAGAAUUGUCACAAGCAUUUGCUAGCCCAGGCCUAAGGCCUCCUUCUCUGCCUUUCCCAUGGUGAUGGGGAACAUGAAAACCAGCAUGUUGCUCCACAGGUCCCCCUGAAGAGGGCCCUCGUGUGAUCUUUAUGGUGGAUUUGUGGCACCCGAAUGUUGCAGCUGCCGAGCGCCAAGCCCUUGAUUUUAUCUUUGCUCCAGGACGAUGAUCGUGCUUCUUUGCCAUAGUGGGUUUGAGGGCAGGUGGCUGGCCUACUGGGGUUUUGCCUCAUGCAGCCCCGCUGCUAUUCCAUCUCCACCGGUGGAAGCCUGUCUCACUGGAAACCUUUCUCAUAGCACACACAGUGUUGGGUUUUCCCCUUUCUGGGGUUAUUGUAAAUGGAAGCUUCCAACUUGCAUUAACUUAGUCUCUUUCUUUCCAUCAUUGCUUCAGGGAUUUCUUUCUGCCAUGAGAGUGCAUUAUUUUCACUCUGUGAUAUAGAUGCAGUACCACUGUAGUACGUGUUAUGUUGCUACUGUGUUUGCAGUGUUCAGAAUUAGAGUAACAAAAUCAAGGGUGUUUGUGUGAAUGUAAUAAUGUAACGUUUCUUGUGGUCAUCAAAAAAACAAAAAAAUCAGCUAAGUGCUGUGCUCAGCCUAUCUUUGUCACUGUUUACAGUCACCGUGCAGACAACUCAGACAGCCAGAUGGAAAUGGCCGAGGAACAUGGUUGUCUCCCUGCUCCUUUGUGCAGAAUAACUUCUCUGGGGCAGAGAGCAUUCAGACCCCUUGCAAACCCAAAGCUGAAGAGCGUGAUGGUGCUUUGCAAACACAAGCUCUGUGCUAGCACAUGGCAUUGGGGCUGUGGGGCCAGAGGCUUUUAAAAACAUUUUCCUCCAGUGCGCGAAUAGCACGGCAGGUGGCUGCCUAGGGCUGGGAUGAUGGCCCCAGUGCAUUCGAGCAGAAGGUGUCUGUCCCUCAGCCUGCUGCCGCAAGCCCUUACUUGGUCAGAGUGGCUGUGAACACACAAAACAGCAUUUCUGGUGCUUUCAGCUGAGCUGUUAGUGGCCCAGGGGCUCAGCCCCAGGCAGAGGCUGUUAGGGAGAGUUGCACAGAAAACCUGAACCUUACGUUUGACCAAAGGUUUUUGUUAAUUGGCCUAAACCCCUCAGAGCUGUUACCUUACACUUUCAGAGCCCUGGGCUGGGAUAUACACACCAGCUACUGGGGCCUCAGCGGUGGGGCAAAGGCAGGAGUUAUAUGAAAGUAGAGAGUAACCGCAUGAGUUGCCCAAGCACCCGAAGAAGCUGGUCUGUGUCUGGUUCUCUGUCUUCUCUCUCAGUGCCCGGUGGUAGAGCGUCAAACUGCCCUCGGCGGGCAGUAUUUAAUAACUUAGCCUGCGGCCUACCUGUAAGAGUCGUGUCCACCAGCUAAACUGUGUUUUUCUUGGAGAGUAUCAUCUAAUUGUCUGUGUGUCUCAGUACAGAGCUAAUGUCAGGUGUAUAAUGUGUAACACAGCAUAUCAUGUAUACAGCCAAAUGUACUUACUGUUCCGACUGGAAAGCAAAUGUGAUAAUGGGUAACUGCUGGAGGAGGAAAAAAUGAGUCCGUGAGGGUCCCUGGAUUACUCACUACUGAAUGAUGUACAAGGGAAACUGCUGGAGGAGUUCAAAUGAGUUUUCUACACAGAUUUUUCAGUGAUUAAAUUGCAAGAUAAGGCAAAAGUUUCAAAUACAUGAAGUAUUUUUACACAAAUAUCUUCUUAAAAGAAUACGUAACGUGCAUGAUUUCUACGCACAUUGAGUACUUUGUGAUAGAAUUACAAAGGAAGCAGGCUGACAUAGUAACUGUGUUACAGUUUGGUGCCAUUUGUACCAGUACAUAAGGAAGAUUAUCAAUAAACAGUUGUGGUGAAAAAUGGAA